GCUCCCAGCCCGGCGUCAGCGGCAGUCACCCACCCACUGCCACAGGCCCGGACACCAGGCCCCGCGGACACAGGGUGGGAUGGCGACCUCAGGCUUGCUGAUGGAAGUGUGUGUGGAUUCGGUAGAGUCCGCAAUCAAUGCUGAGAGAGGAGGAGCGAGUAGGAUCGAGCUGUGCUCCAGCCUGAUGGAAGGAGGCACCACCCCCAGCCUAGGUUUACUGCAGGUGAUUAAAAAAUACGUGGAAAUUCCUGUGUUUGUCAUGAUCCGCCCGCGCGGAGGGGACUUCCUGUACUCGGACCAGGAGAUGGAAGUGAUGAAAACUGACAUCAAACUGGCCAAGAGCAGCAGGGCUGACGGGCUGGUCUUCGGGGCCCUGACAGAAGACGGCAGGGUGGACACUGCAGUGUGCAUGGAGCUACUGGCUGCAGCACGACCCCUGCCUGUGACGUUUCACAGAGCCUUCGACAUGGCCCAUUCGGCCUCUCUGGCCCUGGAGUCGCUGAUAUCCCUGGGGUUUGAGCGGGUGCUGACCAGCGGCUGUGACAGCUCGGCCCUGGAGGGGCUGCCCACCAUCCGCAGGCUGGUGGAGCAGGCUAAAGAGAGAAUCCUUGUGGUCCCAGGUGGUGGCAUAACAGAGAGGAACGUCAUGCGUAUUCUAGAAGGUUCUGGAGCGCAAGAGUUUCACUGCUCGGCUCGAUCCUCAAGAGACUCCGCAAUGAAAUUCAGGAAUGCGGGGGUUGGGAUGGCAGCGCCGAUGGCCGCCCCCGAGUACAGUAUGAAGGUGGCUGAUGUGAACCGUGUGCGGGCGCUGAACGCCAUCGCCAAGAACAUGGUGUAGCCCCCCGUGGGGUGGGGAGCGCGAGAAGCCCCGCACGGUGGUCCCGCGGGGAGCAUGGCGAUGUGGAACGCCGCGGGGGCUGAAGGGAAGAAACCGGGUGAUGUUUGUAUCUGAGGCUGAGGAACAUGGUGACCGGGGCUGCCAUCAUUAAAGAGCGGAGCUCACACACUGGGCCUCACCUCUGUGCCAUCUGUGAUUUGGGGAUGGGUUGGAGUGGGGGGUGCGGAGCUUUGGGGGUGUGAACAGAGGGGCUGUGGGAGAGGGGGUGACCACAACCCCAGCUCUCGAUUGCCCGUCCACCUGCUCACGCUGCUGUCUGCCAUCCCGGAACCCCUCCACUUCAUCUCCUCCCUUGCCUCUGAAGACCUUUUCAACCACGCCUUCGCUCACUCCUCCACCCACCCCCCCUGGGCCUCCACCCCUCCCAACCCACAGCUCGGGUGCAAACCCCCUGACGGUCCAGUGUCUUAUGAUAUCCUCCCAACAUGAAAAGCGCUGUGUAAAUCAAUUUGUUGUUGUUGUUGUUGAACGAGAGACUCUUACAAUCUGAGGAUUGUUUCAAUAAACCAAUUACAA